AUGAAUAUGGAGGAAUUUCAGAAUUUCCACAUUAUGUCCCGCGGACGUCAUGCGGACGACAUACUCAAUAUUAACGUCGGCGGAAAGAAAUACACAGUUCGACGAACUGACAUGCUGGCCGAUCCACGAUCGAAACUUGCUGAGUGGUUCAAGCCAGGUACCGUGAAGCCCAUUGCUACAGACAAGGGUGGAAACUACUACUUGGAUCGUGAUGCUAAAACAUUUCGCCACAUACUCGCAUAUCUUCGUUUAAAGAAGGAAAAAUUUGUGCCUUCACUCGCCCUCCCGAGCAAGCCUGACGAUUUGGCCAAGUUAGUUGGUGAAUGUGAGGCACUCAAUCUUGCUGAGCUCAAGGAUCUCGCACUGGAUCUACUUCAGAAAUAUCAGCGAACUGAAGAGCAACACUACGUGACAUCAUUUGUACAGGUCACGCUUCGUGACUUCGAGAGUUGGCAAUUUGAAAGAGAGCAGGUGCGCUAUAAUUUUGUUGCAGUUUAUUCGUAA